AUGGGACGACAAGCAGCACUGGUGUUGGCGGCCUUACGCGUAACAUUGUGGUGGGCUGCAGUGGAUGCUUUCUUCGCUCCAACUCCGCGACCCCUUGUCGGCCUGGAGGCUCAAGAUGACAACACAAGAAUCCGCACGCUCACAACCGACCGCAGGGGGGAGCGAAUAACUAGGACGAGAUGCAAUGCUGCAGCCGUAGGCGGAGCUGAAGAAGAGGCUGAGGUCGUGGUGAUCGGGAGCGGCAUUGCAGGGCUGUGCACCGCAGCCCUGCUGUCCAGCUACGGGAAGAAGGUGGUGGUCUGCGAGUCGCACACCCAGCCUGGUGGGUGUGCCCACGGGUUCCAUCGGUCAGGCUACAAGUUCGACUCCGGCCCGUCGCUCUUUUCAGGAAUGUCGAUCAGCCCCACGCCCAAUCCGUUGAAGCACGUGCUCAACGCUAUUGGCGAGGACGUGGAGUGGCUCACAUACGACACUUGGGGAGUGUCCCUCCCCCAGGGGUACUUCGACAACGCCGUGGGGCCCGAGCCGUUCCGCGAGACAAUCAGCCGCUUCGGAGGCCCCGGGGCCCAGGAGGAGUGGGACAGGCUGACGGAGCACCUGCUGGAGCUGUCGGAGUGCACGAUGGGGCUGCCGCCGUUUUCUCUGCGGACCGGUCCGGGCGCAGUCGUGACGAUGGCGCAGUUUCUGCCUACCCUUGUCAAGGUUGCCAAGGCAGGGCCCAGCCUGCAGGACCCUUUCACUGACGUGUUGGAGAAGCUUAACGUCACCGACCCCUUCGUGAAGAACUGGCUGAACCUACUGUGCUUCUUGCUGCAAGGAUUGCCUUCGGACGGGACGAUGACCGCAGUCAUGGCCUACAUGAUCGCCGAUUGGUGCAGGCCGGGGGUGGUGCUAGACUACCCCAAGGGAGGCACGGAAGCUUUGGUAGAUGCCCUAGUGCGAGGGGUGGAGGGGAAGGGCGGCAAGGUCAUGCUCGCGGCCCACGUGGAAGAGGUUGUGGUGGAAGACGGCAAGGCGUGCGGCGUCCGCCUUAGGGGGCGGAAGGUCAUCCGUGCGAGCAGGUCAGUCGUAUCGAACGCGAGCAUAUGGGACACUCUGAGGCUUGUGCCCAAGGGUGCCCUGCCGGAAGAUUUCGUGAAGGAGAGAGAGGCCACCCCGCAGUGCAAGAGCUUCAUGCACGUGCACUUGGGAGUGCGUUGUCAAGACCUGAUCGACAAGGCAGCGAAAGGGGGGGACGAUGCGUUUGAUCCCCGCUGUCAUUACGCCGUGGUGGCGGACUGGGAUAAGCCCAUUGACGACGCGGGCAACGUAAUUGUGGUCAGCAUCCCGUCCGUUUUGGACCCAUCCCUGGCGCCCCCGGGCUGCCAUACGGUGCACGCCUAUACGGCCGGUUGUGAGCCGUUCUCCAAUUGGGAAGGGCUCGAUCCGAAGGGCGAAGAGUACCGCAAGCUUAAGGAGGAGCGAGCUCAGGUCCUCAUGGACGCCGUUGAGACUGUCUUCCCCGACUUGGAAACUCGACUGGAUGUCCGGAUGAUCGGAACGCCGGUCACCGCUCAGCGUUUCCUGCGAAGAGACCGCGGAACCUACGGGCCGGAGAUCAAAGCCGUCUCCACUUGA